CGUGUGGACGGGGCCUUAAUAAAGUAUUUCUUAACAGAAAAAAUGUGUCCGUCAAGAAUGAACUACCCCAGGGCCAUCGCCAUGCUAGCAAAAACACUCUCUUAUAUGCCUACAUGAGGCCGUUGAACAGUUAACAGACGAGCUGAGGUGGUGACGUCAUGGAGUACGCUACCGUUCCAAUUGCAGGUGCAUCCUCCCGUCCUCGGAAGUUUGUACUUUAGCCAAUGACUACAAAGGGGAAGGAGUCAGGUCUGUAUCAGAUGAGGAGGACAUUGUACGGUCAGAGUAAGGCAUACAACUGCUGGCCCAAGACAUGAACCUGAAGAGAGAGAGCGAAAGAAAGACAGAGGAGCUGGUCAAGCUCUCUAACAUCACUUGGAUAUAAAAAAAUGGAGUCUAACAUGACUAUUGCGAGACCAGCAUACUUCAUUAUCAGUGGCUUUUCAGGCAUCCCUCAUGUUAACUACUACUAUUUCUUUUUACUGAUGCUGUACAUUGUGUCAGUGGUGGAAAACGGGAUAGUGAUGGCCUUGAUCUGCUUAGACCAGAGUCUCAAGACUCCAAAGUAUAUUGCUGUGUUUAACUUGGCGUUUGUAGACGUGGUCGGCAGCUCCGCCCUGGUGCCCAAGGUUAUCGACACGUUCUGGUUCGACCACAAGUACAUCUCGUACAGCAACUGCUUAACCUAUUUGUUUUUUUAUUAUGUGAUCCUCACCAUGCAGUCUCUUAAUCUGGCUUUACUCUCCUUUGACAGGCUAAUAGCGAUCACCUUUCCAUUGCGCUAUCAGAUCAUUGUGAGUCUGAAGACCAUGUUCUCACUGGUAGCUGCUUGCUGGAUUAUUGCCAUCCUUGUCAACUUGAUAGUUGUAGGGCUUCUAACACGACUGUCCUACUGCAGGUCUGUUGUUAUCAACAGCUAUUUCUGUGACCAUGGGCCGCUCUAUCGACUUGCCUGCAAUGACAAUCGACCCAAUCAUAUCAUUUCCAUAGUGUUACCAGUUUUAAUUAUUUGGGCUCCAUUGCUCUUUAUCUUGAUAUCUUACAUGUGCAUUGGUGCAGCUUUGGCAAAAAUAGCUGGAGUGCAAGAUAGGAUGAAGGCUUUUAAAACAUGCAGUGCCCAUAUAAUGUUGGUGAUUAUUUAUUACUUACCUAUUCUAGUCACUUUUAGUGUUGCCGCUAAAAUGCCUCGUAAUACAAGGAUAAUAAGUCUUUCUCUUGCAGCGGUCAUACCUCCAGCGUUGAACCCACUAAUUUAUGUUCUACAGACUCAGGAAAUCAAACUGUCUCUGAAAAAGGUGUUGAAAAGAAUGUACCAAUCAAAAGUUGCAUUGAAGUAGAAUAUCGAUACGUGAUAUUUAAUUAUUAUUAUUUAAAUAUCCGACAAAUAUUUUGUCGGAAGUGUAAAUCUUUUGUUAGGCAAAACAUUUGUAAUAGUAGUCAGCACAAUCUUUGAAUUGUUGGUAUUAAAACCUUUUUCUUUUGAAAUUAAAGAACAAUAACUCUUAACCCAUUUAAUUCGGAGAAAUUAAUGCAUUGUUUUUUUGAGUGAUCAAUGUCAGGGGUUCUCAAACUAUAUGAGGCCGGGGACCCCCCAUAGGGCAGAAUUUUUUUCAAGGAUCCCAUCAAUUCCGCAACAUAAAUGUAAUCAUAUAGUCUCAUAUCUAUUUGUUCUG